UUCGGACGUGAUGGGGAGUGAGUCCAGCUGGUUAUGUGUGUUGUGGUAGGCGGAAGACCCCGGGGCCUGGAUCCUGAUUCCUGCCUGAGCCGAAGACCGAAGACCGAGUCAAUGGGUUUAUUGGUGAGAAACUGAGUGUAUUGCUCAGAGGGGCCAACUUUUCCUGUCCAUUCAAGGGCAGGACAGGCCUGAGUUCAGCUGAGGCCCGUCCGCGAAGCAGGGCGGCCUCAUGGACCCUCCAAGACCUGUAGAGCUUCACCAAAAGGGAUGCAUAAGUUGACAAGGUGGAGUUCUCCAGGAAAUAGCUGACCUAACACAACCAUGGGAGACUGGAACCUGCUGGGGAAGCUUCUAGAAAAGGCCCAGGAGCACUCCACCGUGGUGGGGAAGGUGUGGCUCACCGUCCUCUUCAUCUUCCGCAUCCUGGUCCUGAGUGCGGCUACGGAGAAGGUGUGGGGCGACGAGCAGUCGGGCUUCACCUGCGACACCAAACAGCCCGGUUGCGAGAACGUCUGCUACGACGUCACCUUCCCCAUUUCGCACGUCCGCUUCUGGGUGCUGCAGAUCAUCUUUGUGUCCACACCCACUCUGAUCUACCUGGGGCAUAUUCUCCAUCUGGUACGGAUGGAGGACAAGUGGAGAGAGAAGGAGAAAGAGCGAGAGCUUAACUUGGACAAACAGGUCCUCCUUGUGGUUACGAAGCACAAGAAGGCUCUCGUAAGGGACGAGAAAGGACGGGUGCGCAUGCGGGGGGAGCUCUUGCGCACAUACGUGUUCAACGUGAUAUUUAAGACACUGUUUGAGGUGGGCUUCAUCGUGGCACAGUACCUCUUGUACGGCUUUGAGUUGAAACCCAUGUACACAUGCGACAGACCGCCAUGUCCCAAUGUGGUUAACUGCUACAUAUCCCGCCCCACAGAAAAAACUAUCUUCAUCAUCUUCAUGCUCGGAGUUGCCAGCGUAUCUCUCUUCCUCAACCUCAUAGAGGUCUACCACUUGGGCUUCACCAAGUGCCGCCAGGGCAUCACCUUCAGGAGGCGUCGGCGGGCGCUUGACAUGGCCUCCAAAGAGCCGAGUGAAGCCGCGGUGGCGAUUGUGCCGAGCUACGGCGACUACUUCCAAGGUCACCGCCAAGUGCAGCCUUCGUACCCGCCGGUUCCCAGCUACGACCUCUCCCCUCUAUCCGAGGGCGCAGACUCGUCCUUUCACCCCUACCACAGCAAAACAGCCUACAAACAGAAUAAGGACAACUUGGCGGUGGAAAGGAGCAGCAGCAAGCCAGAGGACUAUGAGCUAAAAGGAAAGAAGGGAGCAGGAUCAGCUCCUGGGUCUCCUACACAGGCGAGGUCCGGCCACGGCUCCAAACACAGUGGCAACAAGACUAGAAUAGAUGAUCUGAAUAUAUGAGGAGGUUUAUGUUUCUCACAGGGCUCUUAAAUUGCUCUUAAGGGGAUCAUAUGUUCUUUGAAAGAAGUUUCACAUGCUGAACUGACACCCCUCUCUAAGUUAUUGACUCAUAUACGACUCAGAGGGGAGAAGCAUUUCAUAGAAGGUGCAAGCGUACUGUAACAUGUAACGAUAGGCCGAGUCCAAGAAAAACAUUUCUAAACAACUUUCCAAUUUGGCACUUUCUUUUUUGAGAGAUGCCGUUGGUUUUUACUGUAGACUGUAGCAUAUUUCUUUCUAAUGCACCAGUUAUGAUAGUGUUGGGUAAGUGUUGCUGUUUUCUAAGUCGUGUCGGCUUGUGUGCGGCACGAAUUGUUCCCCCAUGCAGAAUACAGUCCGCUCAGGUUUGCUUUUGGCUUCACUUUAAAUGUGGAAACAUUGUAAGAAUCCAGGGCCGGAUCGCAUUCAAGCACCGACCUGACCUCAGUUAAAGAGAGAAGUCGUGCUGAAUAGUGUAAUUUAACUUUAUUUCAAAUGUUUUGAGCAAUCAUCAAGCAUAGUUCAUUUGCUUAGACUUGAAGUGAAGAGUUGUGCAAUACAUGGAAACACAUUAGACGCUGGAGUGACUGUUACUUAUUCCAGAGGAAUUGCACUGGUGUCAGAAUUUCCAACAUUUGUGCCUUUGUGUCUUUCUUUAUCUUUUGUUUUGUUUUGAGAACCAGAAAAUACAUAAUUGUUAGCACAUUCUUUUGAUUCAUCAUUGUUUAUAUGAGUAUUUGAUUUAAUUUCUUCCUGUAAAGCACUUGGUGACAACCAUGUUUGUUAAACUGCUUGAAUUAAACCUGUCUUAAAUUUG